AAAUUAAAUAAGCAGCAGAGCAGCGGGGAAACUCAACGAGUGCGCAGCUGCUCGUAGUUAUUAUUUGUUGAUGCACUACUGAAGAGACAGAGCACAACUAUUGCAAGGAUAUCAACUUCAGUCCUCAGCAAUGAGACACACUUGCACUGCUAUGAAUGCCCAUGCUGAUGUUAGGAGGGUAGGUCUGAUCUGCCUGCUAUAUUUUGUUCUGAUGGUAAUUAGUAGCAGAGUGAAUGGGGAUGCAUCCAAGGACAGGGAGGAAUGCGCGGAUCAAUUGGCAGGUCUGGCAACAUGCUUGCCAUACGUGCAGGGGGAAGCUCGGUCACCGACUCCAGACUGCUGCGGGGGACUGAAGCAGCUGCUCAAGACCAGCAAGAAGUGCCUGUGCGUGAUUGUCAAGGACGGCAAUGAUCCCCAGCUGGGACUCAACAUCAAUGUUACCCUUGCCCUCAGCCUCCCUUCCCUCUGCCAGGCUCCCGCUAACGUGUCCCAAUGCCCUGCUCUCCUUCACCUGGAUCCCCAUUCCCCAGAGGCCCAAAUUUUCUAUCAAUAUGCCAGUAACGGCACAUCUGCUCAUGUUGCCAGCAGUCCUUCCCCAAGUGUGUUUGGGAGCCCCAUAAGCGCCCCUACUGCCAUUCCUGGAGGGAUCACAGCUAGUGCUCCACAGCAGAGCGAUGGGAUUGAUAUCAGGACAGGCCCGACAAACACUAUUGCCGUUGGGUGUGCUUUAUUACUGUGGUUUCUAUGGCCAACUGUGCUGGCAAUUCUCUGAGCAGUUUGAUACCUCUUCUUCUUGUGACUCAACUCGCUCUACAUUGAAUAAAUUAAUUGACUCAACUCAGUCUUACAUUGAAUAAAUUACAUUUCCUCGGCU